ACACACACACACACACACACAGAAUGUUCCUGUCUCACUCCCAGGCUGCGGCUCCUGUUCCCAAGCCAGGAAGUUAGGCUCCAGGGUGGCCGUGGGCGAGAACACCCUGUCCCUCAGGACAUUUGGGCACCAAUUUCCACCCCACAGGGGUGUCGCCCCUCUCCUUCUUCUUGGCCAACUUCUCUCCCACCAAUAUAAGCACAAACUGGAGGCUGGUGGCAGUCAUGCGUUUUAUGGCAGGCCCUACGCACAGCCGGCGUCUGGGGACCCUGGGCCUCCACAGCGCCCCCCACCCUCUGCACAUGGUCCUCUUAACAGUGCUGGUCGUGAUGAGCUUGGUGUGUGGUAAAACUGACCCUGUCAAUCAAAAGCCCCCUUCUCCAGCUGAGUCCCCCAAAUACCUGCGCUGCUAUCGGUGCCUCCUGGAGACCAAGGAGCUGGGGUGCCUGCUGGGAUCGGACAUCUGCCUGGCCGCUCCUGGCAGCAGCUGCAUGACUCUCUUUAUCAAGAACAGUAGCGGGUCUGACAUCAUGGUGAGUGACUGUCGCCGCAAGGAGCAGUUGAGUGACUGCUCACACACCCGCACUUCCCCGGUGUUUGGCUUCUGGAUGUUCUCUCGAUGCUGUUUCCGGAAUCUCUGCAAUAACCCACAGAACAGAGUGUUCUAUCUCCCGUAGCACUUCCGCAGAGCCCUUCGCAGGAAGAUGCUGCUGGUCCUCACCUGGGCGCAGCCAGGACCACCUCCAGCCCCGCCUCACCUCCCCCAGGUCACUGACCCAGCCCUAGUUGCCUCUUGCUUCAGCACUCCCCACUCUGCCCCUCACAAGCUCCCUCUCCCGGCAUCUCUGGAGUUUUCCCUGUAAGUCCUCACCGUCCGACAGCUCCCCUCCCCUUCUCUCCUGUCGGCUGCCCCUGCUCUGCUCUGGCCUCCUUCCUUCCUCCCACCACGGCCUCCUCGCAAGGUGUGCCUACAGAAUAAAC